UUCCCCCAUAAUUCUUCUUCUCUCCUUUCCUCUUCACUCUCUCUCGUCCCUCAGACUUCUCCGCCGCCCCCCACGGCGGCGGCGCACGUCCAAACACCAUCAAAAUUUCACCAUCUCUUCCUCUCUUCAUUCUCUACACCAAUCCAAACCCCCAAACCCCCAAAAUCCUAACCAAUCUCCUUAAAUCUAGCCUUGACCAAAACCCUAGCUUACUUUGUUCUUGAAAUUUCUCGAGUUUUAGCCGCCCCCACACCGUAACACCUACAUAAAUGGAUAGAUCUGAAAGAAAUCUAUCCAUUCCUACCAAUUUUAACCCCGAAAGCACCACCACUGCCGGCCAACCACCUUCACUGCCGUGACCACCCUAUUGUCGCUACAUCUCCACCGCUGAGCCAUUGUUCUUGGAUGAACACGAUCACGUAGUCUCUUUUUAUCUUUGACACAGUGCUGGAUUCAACUCUGGUUCGUCAGAGUUUGUGUUUUUCGGCAUUUGUCGUCGAGAAAAAGAGGCAUGGAGGUCGAUUCACCGUCUAUUUGUGUCGUACUACUGGUUCGAAGGUCGAGCGCUUAGGGAUGAGUGUACUUUACAGGAACUAUGCUCAGAAAAUUGGCUAAGUGUGGAAAGAAGUGCGGACUGCAUGUAUAUUGUGUGGACCGCACAAUUGUGAUUGCUACAUCAAAAGGGAACUGUGGUUGCACAAUUGCAGUGCGGACCACACAAAUUGGAAAGGAAAAAUGCAAACUCUCUGAAGUUUGGUUUGUCAGAGAAAUGGCCAAAGUGCGGCCGCACACCAAAAUGUGCGGUCCGCAACAAAAAUUUACAGUGGCACCACAAAUUCUGUAGACCGUAGAUCAGCUAGGGCUUUUGAGCCCCAGGUAUUAGAGUGUGGACCGCAAAAGGAAUUCUACGGCCGCACUCAUCCCUUUGUCCCUCAAGUCAGACUGUCCAAUAUAAAUAGUAACCUUAGGUCUACUGUACAUUUUUUUCCCUCUCUGAGCACUCAAAGAUCUAAAACAUUGCAAGCAUCUGCUAAAUCAUCCGCCAUAUAUAAUCAACAUCUAUGAUCACUCAUUUGCACUACUUCAUAUCUGGUAUGCUUCAGUUUCUUGUAGAAUUUGUUUUAAAUUUUUAGUUUAAUUUACAAUUUGUUGGGUAGUUUUAGGCCAUUUGUUAGUAGAUUUAAAUUUUACAACCAUGUGGGGUUUAAACUAUGUUGGGUCAACUGAUAAUUGCUCUAUGAGGAAUGGGUAACUUGAUUUUCAUGCUUAAUUGUUAAUACCAUUUCAAAUUUGUGAAAUAAUUGUUAACCCUAGAAAUUCUGCUCGUAAAUGUUUUGAAAUCUGCGGCCGCACAAGAAAUUGUGUGGUCCGCAGAAGUUGAGAUUAGGGCACAUUGAUCAAGCAUGAUUCUGCCGCCACACCGAACAUUGUGCGGACUGUAGAAAUUCCAUCGCAGCCGCAAAAAAGUGAGUGCGGCCGCAAAACAGCCCAAUCUCUGUCUUCAGAGAGUUGGAAUUUUGGUGAAUCUGAUGUGCGGCCUCGAUAGAAAAUGUGCGGACCGCACUCCAGUUCUGCGGUCACACUAAUAAUUGUGCGGACCGCAGAUCCAGUUCUGCAUUCGCAAGAAGAAAUUGUGAGGUCCGCAAUGCCCUGCCUGCGGCCGCACUUAUAAUUGUGCGGUCUGCACUCCCCUACCUUGCAAGCAUGUUUUACACUGUGUGUUCACUAUCUCUCUGGUGUGUUCUUAUAUGUUACACUUGAAUUACAACUGACACCUGCUAUUGCUUGUUACCGAAAAUGGUUAGAUCUCGAGGCCGAGGAGAUACUUCAAAGGGGAGGGGUGAACCUUCCAAAGGCCGAGGCAAAAGUACUUUAUCCCUCGCCCUCCAAAAGAUAAUCACAAAGAAGGCUACAGUCGGCCGAGGAAGAAAUGCAGAGCCCUCCGAAUCUAGUUCAUAUGCCCCAUCUAGUAAAGCAUCGGAGGGCAACUCAGUUCAAGAGCAGCCGACUAUCCAAUCAAAGCCACCAGAGAGGUAUCAACUCCGGGACGAGCCUUCCACAUCACAUAGCACCUCCGAGGGUUCGAAGAGUGCCAGUCAGGCUUCGGAGCCCUCCUCUACACCUGUCCCUGAGGUACCAGCGACUACAGUUGAUGAUAUUUCAGAUAAUAGCCGAAGGGAAGAUACGACAGUUGUUGGCCUUGAGAGGUCGAAGAAGAAAGAGAUUUGGGAGGACCGGUUUAUCAGUUGGGUGCUUUCACUAGCUUCCGUGGGUGGUGGCCGGUGAGGUUGCUCUCUCUUGAGCGACAGUUCCAAUUGAAAGACCUUGAUAAGUAUAAUCCAGCAGUUUUGAGACAGUUCCGAGAGCAGAAGGGGUGGAUGUGGUUCACCCAGAGUGUAGUGGACGCAAAGGAGUAUCUGGUCCGGGAGUUCUAUGCCAAUGUGGCGCACAUAAAGAAAAGGGACCAAAGUGACCAAUGUGAGGAAUCUGAAGGUGCGGUUUGACCAGCACACAUUGAACUCCUACUUGGGGUUUGAGGAUGUUGAGACUGCACAGUACUUGGAGAAGUUGGCGAUGGGAGAUGCAGCUCGCCCAUGGCUAGCUGAGAUUCUUGUAGCUCCAAGGCUACCACCACCAUGGACCACAGCAGGGGUUCCUAUUCAGCAGAACACCCUAAACUUUGAGGCGAAGGGAUGGUAGACCUUUGUCUGCAGCAAACUAGGCCCAUGCCAGAAUGAAACAAACCUCCCUAUUUUGCGGGCAGUUCUAGUCUCCUCCAUCAUGGUCGGGUACCCGAUCAAUGUGGGUGUUGUGAUGUCCGCCAACAUAAUUGUGGUUUCCAAGCAAGCUGAUACCUCCUACCCGUAUCCCAACACCAUCACUGAGUACCUUACGGAUACAGGGUAAAGCCAAGAGAUUUUAAUACGAAGGUUCGGGCUAAGAAGCCUUUCUCAUGGUAUUCUCUGAUGGAUGCACACAACCCUAAGAGAAAGGGUCAGCCGACUACUACCAUAGGCCAGUCUGAUGACCCAUCGGUGGUAGUUACAGAGACAGUUGAUAUGCCAUCCACUUCAGUAGAGCCUUCAGCCAGUGUAGCUGGCAUGCCCCCACCUUCAGCCUCAGUGCCUUCCACCUCGACUUUGAAGCCGGUACCGAUGCCCACUGCUCUACUGACUUCGCUGCGA